AUGGCAAUGAGGAUUCCAGUCCGCCAGCUGAAUGGAAAAGUCACGAUUCUCGAAGUGAUGCCUGAGACCACGGUCGGCGAACUGAGGUCUCGAGUGAAAGGUUGGCAGGCUUUCGACGAUGAGCUUAUGUUAAGUCGGGUGGAUCUCGUGCUGGGCGAACGAAAGUUGGUGGAUGAGGACACCAUGACACAGGAUUCAGUCACUGAAAUAGAACGCGAUGCUUUCAAAGGCUGCAGCUCCCUGGAACUGCUGACCAUGCCUGCCAAGCUUGUUACCCUUGGCAGAGGGGCCUUUCAAGGCAGCUCCUUGCAACACCUCGCCAUUCCCAGCUUCGUGGACAUGAUUUGGCCAUUGACCUUCGAUUCCUGCAAGUCCUUGCUGAGCGUGACGUUAGGCCAUAGUGUGGGCUUGAUUGAGCCAGAAGCCUUCAGCUCCUGCAGCCUCCUGGAGAGUUUAGCGCUCAGCGCAGCAGUUUGCUACAUUGGUCAGCGCGCCUUCAGAGGGUGUUCGUCUUUGCGCAGUGUGACCAUUGAGCAAACAGCUCCGCCGCCCAUACAAGAACUGCGGGCAGUUAAUGCCCGAAGGAGAUGUGUGCCCAACAGAGUUCGAAUCAUCGAACGAGAGGCGUUCCUCGGGUGCAGCGCCUUGAGGACUGUGACCAUUCCCCUUGCAGUUUGGAAGAUCGAGGCGGACGCCUUCGCGGGUUGCCCCGCUCUGGAAACAGUCUACUUGAUGAGCUGUGUCACACAGAUUGAGGAGGGUGCCUUUGAUGGAAACCCGCAGAUCGAGGGAAAGCGCUAUGUUGCAUUCUUGCCUGGGACGCGUUGA